AAAAUUGACGGAAUCCUACUUGAAUUAAAUUCUUCGUGUAGGAGAUGAGCCUCGACAUCGAGUAAUGGCGGACAGAGGAGAAGACGCAUGGAAUCGGGAGAAGUUUCCUCGUGUUUUAGAGAUCGUGAGCUCUCGCCUCUCUCAGAGAGACCUCUGCUCCCUGCUUCUCCUCAGCACUUGCUGCUACCGCGCCCUCAUUUCUCAACCAUCUCUCUGGAAGGUACUUGAUCUUCGUGAAAUGAAUAAAGCAGGAGAGCGAUUAAUAUCUGCACUUUCACUGGAUAGAUAUCAACACGUUGAGAAGAUAGACCUUGAAUUUGCAAGAGAUGUUUAUGACGAGCAUCUUCUUCUUAUCAAAAGCAAGGUAAUGGAGCAUGUUCGGCACCUAGAAUCUCUAAAUCUCAAUGGCUGUCAGAAAAUUUCUGAUAAGGGAAUUGAAGCUGUAACAAUUGCUUGUCCUAAACUUAGGAUAUUUUCUAUCUACUGGAAUGUUAGGGUGACGGACAUGAGUAUAAAAUUCCUUGUGAAGCAUUGCAAACAUAUAUCUUAUCUAAACCUUAGUGGAUGCAAGAGCAUCUCGGACCAAAGUUUGCUUCUCAUAGGUGAUAACUACAAAGAAUUAGAAGAGUUAAACAUUACGAGGUGCAUGAAGAUUACUGAUAAUGGAUUACAAAAUGUUCUUAGGUGUAUUACCCUCAAAAGCUUAAACCUUUAUGCUCUUUCAAGUCUCACAGAUAGAGCUUAUGAGAAGAUUGGUUGCUUAGCACAUCUGGAAUUCUUGGACUUGUGUGGUGCCCAGAAUCUAUCUGAUUGUGGCCUUUCCAGUAUCGCCAGCUGCAGAAAAUUGCUUUCUUUAAAUUUGACUUGGUGUGUACGGGUUACUGAUGUAGGAGUCAUAAAAAUUGCUGAAGGGUGCAGAGCUCUUGAAUUUCUCAGCUUAUUUGGCAUCGUUGGAGUAACUGAUGGAUGUCUGGAGGCUCUUUCUAAGUAUUGUUCCAACACUAUAACAACCCUUGAUGUGAACGGAUGUAUUGGAAUUAAGAGGAGGCGCCAUGAAGAGCUUCUUAAGCUUUUUCCGUAUCUAAGGUGCUUCAAAGUGCACAGCUAAUGUGGCGCAUUUGGUUUCGGCACAAAAAACACUUUUUGAAGUCGAAAACCUUUCUAUCUAUUGCAGUUUAUUCCGGCCUUGAGGUGGAAUCAUAUAACUGCAAGAUCAGAAAAUCAUUUGUAUAAGCCAGCUUGGGUAUUUUUCAUCGAGAGACAAUUUGCAACUCAUGGGUCAGAUCUUUUCUAUUGUAAUACGAAUUUAUGGGGUGAGCAGGAGAACAUAAGUAGAACUGUCAACAUCUCUAGUUAAAUCUAUACUAUUGAAUUUUUUUUUUCUUUUGUACAGCAUGGCUAAAAUAUUGAACAAACAGUUGAAAAAGUUUCUUGAAAUUUGGAAGUGAGCAUUAAUGAUGAAGCAGAGAGGUGGACAGGUUUGGAUUAGUGAGGAAGCAGAUAACAUCAUUACGAGAAAUGAUCCUGGUUGUUGUUUAGGGAUCUAUUUUUAGUUGUGAUAUGUAGUUUUUGGACUUUUUUGGUUCACUGAUCUGUAUUUUGUCUUAUGCAUUUUCGCUGAGUAUGGAGAAUGGGGUUAGUAAUAUAUUUAACUUUGUUCAUGUAUUCAUAUAUACAUGUACAUGCUUAAAAAUCAUUUUAAUUUAUUUAUGGUUGAAUACAACACUUUCUUUACCU